AUGGGUCAAGAAAAGGUUGUCUCUGCCCACUCACUUACUGGUCUUGAAGUUUCUGGUUUGGGCAGCAAUGCCUUCUAUGAACUAGAAGUCCUAACACAGGAAAAGAUGCCUGUCACCAUAGAUAACCUUGUAAAAGAAGAUCUGGUCACUGGUGUCCUUUGCGACAGAAGAAUGCCAGAUCGACUCAAGGGAAAAAUCUACAAAGCGGUGGUCCGCCCAGUAGCCCUGUAUGGUUCCGCAUGUUGGCCCGCAUUGACCACACAUGAACAGGCCCUAAACACCAUGGAGAUGCGCAUGCUCCGAUGGAGCCUGGGAAUUACAAGACGGGACCGUGUUACGAACAAAGACAUACGGAAGCGACUAGGUGUAGCCCCAAUUAAGGAAAAGAUGCUCAAGUCCCACCUGAGGUGGUAUGGACACGUGAUUCGAAGCGAUGAGAACUCUGUAGCAAAAACGGCAAUGAUGAUCGACCCAGAAGGAUGCCGGCCCCAAGGCAGACCGAAGAAACGGUGGAUGGACAAAAUAAAGGAGGACAUUAAGACCAUCAACGCAUCACCUGAGGACGCCUUGGACAGAACCAAAUGGAGAAACCUUUGCCGAAGAGCGGACCCUGCACCAGCGGGAACAACGCUAGGAUGA